AUGAAAGUUUUAAUUGGAAUAAUUGUAUUACUAAUUGCAACAAACAUUAAUCAAGCAUGUGUAAUUAAUGGUAAAAUAUAUGAAAAUGGUGAUACAUGGAUUGAGAAUAAUUUUGAAAUGAAAUGUGAUGCAAAAAUUGAUGGAUCAUGGCGUACAAGAAUUACAGCAUGUUUAGCGCCGGGCGGUUUUCGAUUACUUGUGGGAACUGAAUUUACAGAAGCCGGAAGGAAAUAUACAUGUACGAGAAAACCAGAUGGCAGAGUGGAAUUUGCUUAUAGACCAGCUUAA